UGGUGGCGCUGUAAGCGCAAAAUGGACGUUCUAUCGUUAUCGUACGCGCACCUUGACCAAACCAGUUUCGUUCCGAGAUAAAUUACGCGGAAUGACAAGAAACUUUUAAUUAAGCUAUGAACAGUCACGUAUACAAUGUGUUCCGACAGCCAUAAGCGGAGAGAUUUCUUUUGUGCGCCGAUACAAUUCGAUCACGUUACAUUUUCGUUUAAAUAUCAUUUAAGUUAAUUCCACGUCGAUUACGGUUGUAAACAAACAUUACGUCGAUUGAAACAAACUUCGAACUGUUUUUUUUAUUUUCUGUUACUGAAUAAUAUAUUACAUAGAAGCACCAUGGAUAUAAUGGUUAAGUUGAAUGAACAGACUGUGGGCAGGGACAAAAUUAUCAGAUUGCUGCAGUACGGGAGUAGAGCGUAUUGGUAUUACGCUCAGAAUAGCCGUAUCACGCAACAUUCGGCAGAAAUUCUGCGAAGUUUGGAAUACACUUUCAGUUCCUUUAGAAAAUUAUUGCGCCUUGGAAGGUGUCUGGACAGUUUGUAUUCCGCUUUGAAACUGAUGAAAUAUCCCGAUGUAGGCAUAAGGGUUACCUUGACGCUAUCCAGAAUCGCCAAUGCUCUGUUUUUGCUAGCGGAUCAUAUAAUUUGGAUCGGUCGUGUAGGAUUGUUGCGCGUUAACAUAGAAAAGUGGAGCAAAAUAGCUAAUAAAUAUUGGUUGAUGAAUAUCAUUAUGAAUCUUACCAGAGAUUUCAUUGAAAUUAUUAAAAUUUUGGAGCGCGAGGGAAAAGAUAUAUUAAUGAAAACGCCAAAAUUCUCUUCGAAUACUUGGGAACGAUACGAAAUGCUGUUUCAUUUGCGAAACCACAAAGAAGUCGUAAUGGAUACGAUUAAAAAUGGAUGCGAUUUAUUCAUUCCAUUGACAGCGUUAGGUUUCACAAAAUUUUCACCCGGAACCAUAGGUUUAUUCGGUGUCGUUUCAUCGAUCGUAGGUCUUUACACAUUGAUUCAUCCGUUAUGUAAAUUAACGCCACCUUAAAACCUCUGUAUAUAAUGUAUAUAAUGUAUGAUAUAUACAGAACCUUCUAAUUAAUAGUAAAAUAAUUAUAAGUAUUUUUAUAUGGGUCUCAUGGUGUUUUAUGCAUUUUUGACAUUUAAUAUAGUAUUACGGUAUAUAAGUAAUUGUGAUUUCUGAUUUAUCUUUAGAAAAAUUAAAAAAAAAGGCACUUUUCUAAACAUGAAGUAUUUAAUGCGUAGGAGCAGAUAGUUAUUUUAUUCUAGCUGUAUUGUUUAUUUUGAUGAUAGUUUUUUUCAAUCGUUUAAGAGUUAGGAUGAAAACUGCUGGGGUAUGUUUAUACGGAGGGAGACACGAACCAGUUUCCAUGAUUUUUCAGUCCCUUUCGAUGAUCUGAUAAAAGAAUAUUUCCUAUCGAAGUCGAUCAGUAUUUAAUCGAUCAGAAAUUGCAGUUUUCAAUAAAAAAUCACUGUUAUAUUUUUAAAUGGACUUAAUUCUGCUACGCUAUUACCUUCAGAUGACGUUUAAACAAAAAUUAACACUACGGCCUCGCAUUUGAACUAAACAAAUCAACGUAAACACUACGAAUGCUUAUUUGUUCAAUUUCAGAACUUAACGCACAAAAUGAAAGGAAAAUUUGUGCAAAAUGUGUGGAAAUGUACAAAGAGGUUAUCGAAGGUACACGUAAGACUUUAUUACAAAGAAUAGAGCUUCGCAGAAGGUGGAAUGCAGUUCAUUUAAUUUAAUUACUAAUUUACAUGCGCCUUUCUAACAUGCGUGUUUUCAAUUUGGUUUUCUGUAAACUUUUCUGUUGUUUCUAUUGUGCGUUAGGUCUUGGAAGGUUAAUAAAUGUUAUCCAUUUGUUAAUUUGUGUAAUUUUGAAUAUUGUGGCGGUCGAUUCGUGGCAAUUUCUUUCAAUGUGAUCCGAAAGUCACAGCGUAGCAGUUCAUUGAUCGUCGAAAGGGAUUUAAAGAUCGUAAAGACUAGUUCGUGCCUCGCUCCAGUAUUUAGGUAAAAAUUGUAUAUUUUUAUAAAAAUAUAUUUUAGUU